UAUUUCUUGCAUUUUUCUCUUUUAAAGGACUCUAAACGGCAGUAACUUUCUUUAGACAAUCCCCUUCAAUAGAGAAGCUUGAAAGGAAGGACAAAUAGAGAGAGAAAUCUCUAGUUUCCACUGCUUCCAUGUCUGCAAUAGAGCUUCUUCUUUUGCUCUCUUCAGCAAUUCUAGCUUUCAUUUUCAUAUGGAAUUCCAGAAAAAAGAAAAGAAUGUCUCUUAAACUCCCACCAGGGAACGUUGGUUGGCCUUUACUUGGUGAAACGAUCGGUUAUCUGAAGCCUCAUGCUGCAACUUCCGUCGGAGAAUUCAUGGAGCAUCAUAUAUCGAGGUUUGGAAAGAUCUACCGGUCGAAUUUGUUUGGUGAGCGUACGAUUGUUUCAGCAGAUGCCGGUCUGAACCGGUUUAUAUUGCAGAACGAGGGGCGAUUGUUCGAGUGCAGCUACCCAAGAAGUAUUGGUGGGAUUCUGGGAAAAUGGUCCAUGUUGGUUUUGGUUGGGGACAUGCAUAGAGACAUGAGAAUGAUAUCUCUCAACUUCAUGAGCAACACAAGGCUCCGAACACAUAUGUUGCGAGAUGUGGAGUGGCAUACGUUGCAGGUUUUAGGAUCUUGGAUACCGAAUUCCACAAUUUCAGCUCAGGAGGAGGCAAAGAAGUUUACAUUCAAUCUGAUGGCGAAACAUAUCAUGAGCAUGGAUCCAGGAGAGGUCGAGACGGAGCAGCUGAAGAGAGAAUACAUCACCUUCAUGAAAGGAGUGGUAUCUGCUCCUUUGAAUUUUCCAGGAACUGCAUAUAGAAAGGCCUUACAGUCGAGGUCGAUCAUCCUUAGAUUUAUAGAACAAAAGAUGGAAGAGAGACUCCACAAGAUGAGUGAUGAAGACAAGAAUGUAGAGGAGGAUGAUCUCCUUGGGUGGGUUUUGAAGCAAUCCGAUCUUUCAACUGAACAGAUACUCGAUCUGAUACUGAGCUUGCUUUUCGCUGGCCAUGAAACUUCAUCAGUAGCCAUAGCUUUAUCUAUCUACUUUCUAGAAGGAUGUCCCAAGGCAGUUGAGCAAUUAAGGGAAGAACACCUUGAAAUUGUUAGAAUCAAGAAGGAAAAAGGAGAGUCUGAUAUGAAUUGGGAAGAUUACAAGCAAAUGGAUUUCACCCAAUGUGUUAUCAAUGAGACACUCAGACUAGGGAACGUGGUCAGAUUCGUUCACCGGAAGGCGCUUCGAGACGUCCGGUACAAAGGCUACGACAUUCCAUGUGGGUGGAAAGUUCUUCCGGUCUUUACAGCAGUGCAUUUGGAUCCGUUGCUCUACGACGAUCCUCAACAGUUCAAUCCUUGGAGAUGGCAGAAGGGUUCAUCUAGUGCAGUGUCUACAAGCAACUUCAUGCCAUUCGGAGGCGGGCCACGCUUAUGUGCCGGGUCAGAGCUUGCAAAGUUAGAGAUGGCCGUUUUCAUUCACCACCUCGUAUUAAAUUACCAUUGGGAACUUGCAGAACCCGACCAAGCCCUCGCCUUCCCAUUCGUCGAUUUCCCUAAAGGUCUACCUAUCAAAGUCCACACCCUCAAACAAGGGAUAAAAUUCUCAAAAAAUUAGAAAAAGAGCUAAGUCCAAAAAUCCAAUUUCCUCCUCUCAAUUGGAACCUCUCGUUUCAAAUGGGACCCGUAAAAGAGAGAAAGAAAGAAAAGAAAAAGAGGAUAAUAGGAAAAUAUCUAAAGUUUGCUAAACAACUUAUAACCACUUAUAUGUGGAUAAGUGGCACUGACAAGGUUAUGGUUUUAAGUCUUCAGUUCACGUCUUCCAAUGAAUCUGAAAAAGUUAUUUGGCUGCAAGAAUGGGAAAAGGAAAUA